GGAAUGCGUGGGAGUAGGGGAAAUACGCAUUAGGAAAUAGUACGAAGUGGACAUCGAUUUAUCGUUUGAGAGAGGGAAAACUAAAUGGUGUAGAAGCCUGCUUGGCCCAUGAUGUCUCGAAGUGGCCGCUUCAAGAGCACCAGGACAGGGGCGUCCACAGGCCACUGUGAACCUCCUCAGGGUCCGGGUGUCCAUGUCUAUCUGUUCUGGACCAAGGGAGAGGAGCGCUAUCUGACCCACACACUUGGCAAAGUGACAGCGGAGGAGCUGUCUAUCUCUGCAGCUCAGAUUGUGGGCAUCACUCCACUGUGUCAUGUCCUGUUUGCUCUUUACAACCCGGAAACCCACUGUUGGUACAGUCCAAAUCAUUUAUUCAACCCAGAGGAGCAGAAAAUCCUGACACUGCAUUAUCGCAUGAGGUUUUACUUUCGGAAUUGGCAUGGGUUAAAUGAGACGGAGCCAUCAGUGCUGCGCUACGCCCCGCGGUCAGCAACAGAGCACGAGGGCUCACCCCUCCUGGAGAUGACCUCAUUAGAGUACCUGUUCGCCCAGGCAAAGUUCGACUUUGUGAACGAUGUAGCACCUAUGGAGGGUGCUCAGGGCGAGGAUAAGCUGUGCCGCUUUAAGAAUGAGAGUCUGGGGAUGGCCGUGCUGCAGCUCUCCCACCAGGCCCUGAACUCCGGUCGCACGCUACAGGAAGUGGCCAAGUCAGUCAGCUUCCUGCACUGCAUUCCGAGGUCGUUCUCCAGACACAUAACGAGGGACAACUUCCUGACCAAGAUCCGUAUCCGGCGAGUGUUUGCCGACUUCAUGAGGACCUUCCAGCAGCACACCGUGGGCCGUCUGGAGUCCCAGGAGGUCAUGUACAAGUACCUGUCCACCCUGGAGCACCUAGCGCCCCACUUUGGCACAGAGACGUUUCCUGUGGUCCACCUGGAGCAAAGGAAGGAUGGGGGCGAUGGCAGCAACAGUCAAGCCCACGGGGCCUCUGACUCUGAUAACUUUGUCACUCCAGCCUCGUAUGAGGUCACGGUGUCUGGCACUAACGGGAUUCAGUGGAGGAAGAUCGUGGUGCAGAAGGCCAAGGAAAACAACUACUUUGGGAACGAUUACUUUGGGAAUAGGAAAAGCGUAAAGAAACCCGCCGAGGGAGUACCCAAGCCUGCAGACACAUUGACAUCGUUCUGCGACUUCCCGGAAAUCUCCCACAUCAGCAUCACCGGAGCCAGUGUCAGCAUCAUUAAACAGGACAACUUCUCUUUGGAGAUUCAGAUGAAGUCCAACAUGGAGGCUCGGUCCUUUGUCUCCCUUCUGGACGGGUACUUUCGUCUCACUGCCGACGCCCACCACUACCUGUGUCAUGAGGUGGCUCCACCCAGAGUUGUGCUCAGUGCAACCAAUGGCCUCCAUGGACCAAUGCAUGACCACUUUGUGCUGCAGAGACUGAAAAAGGAGGGAGUAGAGGAGGGUCCCUUUCUGGUGCGCUGGAGCGUCCUGGACUACCAUCGCAUUAUAUUAGCGGUUCUCAACAAGAGCCAGAACGGACUAGCUCCAGUCCAUAAGCAGUUCAGGAUCCUGCAUAAGGGUUCCACGUUCUCUCUGGAGGGCUGGGACCGGGAGUUCAGCAGUGUCAAGGAGCUCACUGACAACCUCAAAACCUUUGUGCUCAAGUCUGGCUCGGAUAAUUUCACUGUGAAGAAAUGCUGCCUUCCCCGACCGGCAGAGAUUUCCAACCUGUUGGUGAUGAGGCAGGGGACAGGCCAGUGUGUUCAGCCAGGUUCUGUGUUCCUCUCACUGACACAGCUGAGGUUCCACCAGAUCAAAGACAAGGAGAUCAUCCAGGAGCAACAUUUGGGCCGUGGGACCAGGACUAACAUCUACUCAGGCCGCCUGUUGGUGUGGGGCGGUGCUGAGGAAGAUGAGGAUGAUGAGUGGAACAACAACCACAGUGAUCGCAAAUGGAGACGGGUGGUCCUGAAGAUCCUGGACCAGAGCGACAAGGACAUAGCCUUAGCGUUCUUCGAGGCGGCCAGUCUGAUGAGCCAGGUGUCCCACAGUCACCUGGUCUUUGUACACGGUGUGUCUGUCAGAGGAUCUGAGAAUAUCAUGGUGGAGGAGAAUGUGGAGUUUGGGCCUCUGGAUGUGUUUCUGCACAGGGAAAGAACGCGGGUCACCCCACAAUGGAAGUUUAUUGUUGCCAAACAGCUUGCAAGUGCCCUGAGCUAUCUUGAGACAAAACGCCUGGUACACGGUAACGUUUGUGCCAAGAACAUCCUGGUGGCUCGCUGCGGUCUGGAAGAAGGCACCAUUCCAUUUGUCAAGCUCAGUGACCCAGGCAUCGGGCUCAGUGCUCUCACCCGAGAAGAGCGUAUCGAACGCAUCCCAUGGAUUGCCCCAGAGUGUGUGCCCAACGGUGCCCCCCUUGGCAGUGCUGCCGACCAGUGGAGUUUUGGAGCCACUCUGCUAGAGAUCUGCAACAAUGGCGAUUUGCCCAUGAGUGCCAACACCCUCACCGAGAAAGAGCGUUUCUAUGAGACGCGGAGUCGCCUUGCAGAGCCUUCGUCACAGGAACUGGCCAGCUUCAUUAGCAUGUGUUUGACCUACGAUCCCAGGGAAAGGCCAUCGUUCCGCACUGUGCUUCGAGAGCUCACUGAACUGCAGAUGAAGAAUCCAGACAUUUCCCCACUGGAGUCUCUCCCAGACACUGACCCCAACGUUUUCUAUAAACGCUACUUGAAAAAAAUCAGAGACUUGGGUGAAGGUAACUUUGGGAAGGUGAUGCUGUAUGUAUAUGAUCCAGCCAACGAUGGGACCGGGGAGUGUGUGGCAGUGAAGUCCCUAAAGCAUGAGGGUGGUGGUCAUCACCAUGAAGGCUGGAUGAAGGAGAUUGAGAUCCUCAAGUCCCUCUACCACACCAACAUUGUGAAGUACAAAGGCUGCUGCUCGGAGCUGGGAGGGCAGGUGGUGCAGCUGAUCAUGGAGUACCUACCACUGGGCAGCCUUAGAGAUUACCUCCCCAAACACCGCUUGGGCGUGGCUCACUGCCUCCUCUUUGCUCAGCAGAUAUGCCAGGGGAUGGAUUACCUGCAUUACAAACGAUACAUCCACCGGGAUUUGGCUGCCCGGAACGUAUUGGUGGAGAAUAAGUGUCUGGUGAAGAUUGGGGACUUUGGCCUGACCAAGUACAUCCCAGAAGGAGAUGUUUACUACCGCGUGCGGGAGGAUGGAGACAGUCCUGUGUUCUGGUAUGCAAUUGAAUGCCUGAAAGAGAGCAAGUUUUCCUUCUCGUCUGACAUUUGGUCCUUUGGUGUGACGCUCUAUGAAAUCCUGACCCACUGUGACCCUCGUCAGAGCCCACCAGCGAAGUUCCUCCAGAUGAUGGAGAACGUGCAAGGUCAGAUGACAAUGAUGUUACUGAUCAAGCUUCUGGAGAAACACAACAGGUUGCCCUGCCCCCGAGACUGUCCUCACGAGGUGCACUUGUUGAUGCGGCAGUGUUGGGAUUUUGACCCUGCGAGACGGCCGUCUUUCAAAUCUCUUAUUGAGUCCAUUGAAGAGAUACGCAAGAUGUAUGAACAGCAGCUUAAUGUGUGUUUGGCCCAAAUAAGCCAGUGAUUACCUGACUUUGUUCCACAGAUUAGCAGGCUUUACACCUCAGCACUUUGCUACAACCAGUGAUGUGAGAAAGUGUUUGCCCCCACACAUAUUUAUUCCACUUUUGGGCUAUGAUUGUAAUCAGAACUUGUAUCUGAUAUGGGAUAAUGGUUAACUGAAAAAAAUGGAAUAUUUUGGUUUAAUCAACAACGUUAUGCAACACCCAAUACACCUGUGCAAAUGAAAAUACUCUGACACCCUAUAACAUUGUACCAUUGACUGCUACCAAAUGCUUCCUGUAUUUGUUGAUCAGAAACAAAUUAGGUUUGACUAAAUGCUACAGGUUAGCGACAUGCUUUUAGCACGCCUACAAAAAUGAAUACCCAACAUGCUCAGCCUAGACACAAAAAAGAAUGCACUGUAUUUGGGACAAAUCCCUCACUCCAUCCUAAGCCUCAUCUAGAUUUGUUGUUGAAUAAUGUUGUAAUUGAGCAAGUGAAGGAAACUAAUUUGCAUUGUGUUACAGAAGAUAGCAAGCCAACAUGGUCAAAACAUAUUGAUUAAGAUGUUGCUCAGAUGGGAAGAGAGCUUUCCCUAAUGAGGCUGCUUUCUCAUCUCAACCAACACAAGUUCUACAGGCCCUUAUUUUGUUAACGGCCAAUUGUGGCAUCUACUACGAUAAAAAAGGACAUACAAAUUGCAGUUGGUCUAAAACAGAGCAGCACAUAUAGCACUUAUAUGUACAUGGAGUGAAUGUACAUUCUGUCAUUCCCACCUGGCUCAAAGUGGAGGAGACACUCAGUACAUCACUGAGGGUCUUCGUGCAGGGUAUAGAUGCGUUGAGGGCUCCAAUCUCUCUGUUCAGGCAGUUCGGACACACAUCUGUACCAUAUCAGGCAUGCAACCAGAGGUCUCCUGAAAGUCCCAAAGUCCCGAUCAGGAGCUGGGAGGCGCACAGUGCCAAAUGGAGCCAAGGCCACACUCUUCCAUUCCGGGGAUUAUUAGAACUAGAACUGUGAAAAGACAGACAUUAUUAUGCAUUAUGAAUGUUAUUGUUAUGAAUCAUGUAUUUUGUUGUGGGGUUUAUGUUGGCAUAUUAGGCUAUAUAUUGUAGUGUUAUUUAUUUUGUCCUUGUAUUGCGCGGUAUUCUGAUUUCUGUUUUUCCCCAGGAAGCUGCUCCCUGGGGUGGGCUUAGGAGGAUUCUAAUAAAUAGUACUAAUACUUUCUAAACCCAAUUGAGAUGUUGUGGCAGGAUGUAAAGCCUGUAUCUAAUGCUCCAAAAACCACAAGUGUCACUGCAUUAAGACGCAUUCCGGAAUAUUUGGCCUUGUUGUAAAAGUGGAGCUGUCGAGCCUAAAUGGGUCCCAAUGUAUUUCACAUCCAGCCAAAAAUUUCUUGUUAUUUGCUGAAGUCCCAGACUGCAUAUUUAAACCAGGACUGUACAGUGAAAACGUUCCCACAGCAAUGUGAGAGACUGAUCCAAAGCUGCGGAGAGAGUUUGUUUAACUAUAUUGCAGCAAUUGUUGGCACAACCAACUACGGAGAGUAAUGGGAAAUCACUUUUUCACAUUGGGUAAUUGGGUGUUUAAUUUGUUGAAUUUGUUUACAUGUGUUAGGUACUAAAAUCUUAUUUCUUCACCAGUUAACUGUUAUCCUGUUCUUAGUUUAGGUUAAAGAACUGAUAACGCACGGUGUAAGAAAUAUGCAAAAAUAAAUAUAAAUAUGAAGGGGGCAAAUACUUUGCCACACACAAGUCUACUUUAGAGUCUACACCAUGCCCUGAAUUAUAGCCUACACCACAGUGCCCUCUGCUUGUCCUGAAGGAGAGUAUACUAUUGUAUUUCUAAAUAGGAAGUGAGACUUCAUUUUCAUACAUUUAUUCGUAUAGAAUAGAUGACUGCUUGGUAUUUACUGGCAGCAGGAACCCUUCUUUUUUGAUGGGACAGAUAUUAAUUCAAUUUUUUUUAAAGAUAUAUAUUUUCUGGCAUUUUUUGUGCUUUAUUUUAUAGAGGGGAAAGAUUAAUAGGAUGAAGCGUUUUUAUUGAAAGAGCAGUGGUGCUGGAUACUGUACAUGUGCACGGAUGGUCAGUGCUUAACCUGCCGAACCACCUGAGGCCACAGAGAUUAAUAUUAUUAUUAACUGUGAAAGACCCCAAUGACAGCCUGAUAGUGCUGGCCCCGUAGUAGAACCAUGUCAAGUUUUCGAAUUUGGUACUGAACUCUAGCCAGUUGGAAAAUCCCAUUCAUAUGAAUGAUUUAAAAUCCAGAGCAGGACAGAAGCUGUCAUACCACACUAUUCAUGACUCAUAAUAUUCACAGAAGUAAUGCAACACUUUGACUGAGGUAUAUCUAUCAACAUAUUUCCUUUAUUUGUUGUAAAUAUAUACACUGUUUCUUUUUACACUGUUUGGGAGGGUACAUUUAGAAAAUUCUGCAUCUAUGUCACUGUUUAAUAAACUUGCCUAUACAAUGCAAUCAGA